UUGACACAAUUCGAAAUGUCUCCUUCAAUGCAAAGUGAAAUUGAAAAAGAUUUUGAAAAUUUUUUAAAUUUUUGUGAAAGGAAAAACUUAACUCGAAAGGAUAUGCAACAAGUUUGUGAACCUCUUUUUUCAAGUUGGAGAUGGAGAUUUUGGAAACGAGUUGGAAUAGUCCUGGUUGCUUUAAGUACCAUAUGGUGGUUGUGUAUUAAUGUGGAAGUGUUGAAUUGGUCACUUAGUGCUAUUGGAAAACUGAUUCUUAUUGAAUUGCUGCCAUAUUGGAAUUGGAAACCAUUGUACAGUGCAAAGUGCUUAGUGGAUAAAAAUGUCCCCGAGAAAGUAGAAAGUAUUGCAGCCACUCUAAGUCUGGGAAAAUAUGAAACAGACAAAAUUAAUUGUGUACUGUGUGAAAAGUUGGAAUUUCUACCAAGUCUUACAAAUGUCACCUACUCAAUGAUUGAACAAAAAUACCUCGAAAAAGGUCUCCCCGUCAUCAUCCAGGACUCUCAUCCAAACAAAUCACUAAAAAAUAUCCUUUCAACAAUUCUUGAAGAUCAAGGUGAUUUUCUCACCAGUCGACCUUGUAAUAUUGAAACAAAUCUUUUGAUGAAAAAAUUUUUCACCAUCGAAACGGCACUGGAUAAAAUUGCUGAGAGUUCAGCCAGUGACGAAUGGUUUCUUCAGUUUCGAAACUGUCAAUUUGACGCAGUAAAGGCUUCGAGGAAAUUCAUCAGAAGACCAUACUAUUAUCCUCUACACUUUGAGCCAUUUUACUCUAGUUGGAUUUUGAUGUCAAAUAACUACAAAGGAGUAGAAAAAGAAUUGUACCUUCAGGGACUUAUUUUUAUACAGCAAUUAAGUGGAGAAAUUUCAAUAACAUUGAUUCCAAAAUCACCUUGUGAAAAAUUGUGUAUGGAAAUAGAAUUUAUAUUAGUGGCUGGAGAAGGCUUAGUAUUUUCAACAGAUUUGUGGAUUUUUAGCUAUAAGACCUUAGGGGCUAUGGAAACUGUAACAAAUAUUAUGGAAAUCGAUUGGCAUUAUUAAAUUUGGAUUAGAGAUUUAAUAAAAGUUAUUUGGU